AGUUAAACAAGUAUUCCGUGAGCCGGGGCCACACGUUCGGACGAUCUCAGGAAUUGCCGUCGGCGCACUGUUUGACGUUUCGCUUGUAAACAUCGAUCUGCUAUGAUGGAUUUACAAUACUUUGGAGGAUUAGAAGGUGGGGCGACACACUCCAAGUUUGUGUUGUACAGGUCUGAUGGCAAAAUUCUUGCUUGGAGUGAGGGGGAGUCCACCAACCAAUGGCUGAUUGGCCAGGAUGAGUGUUGUCGUCGUAUACACGGAAUGUUGGUGGCAGCGAAGAAGACUGCUGGACUGGAAGAAGGGGUCCGACUGAAGGCACUAGGCCUCUCAAUGAGCGGUGCAGAUGAGGUUGAGUCACAGAAGCAGCUGAUAUCCAAGAUCAAGACUGAGUACAGCAGUGACUGUGAAGAGGUGUUUGUGGCGAGUGAUUCCUGGGGAGCGCUUUUCACUGCCAUUCCAACAGGAGGCAUAGUGCUGAUAGCAGGAACGGGAUCCAACUGUCAGCUGAUCAACCCGGACAAGACGACCCGGCGCUGCGGGGGCUGGGGUCAUCUCCUAGGGGACGAGGGGUCAGCCUACUGGAUCUCCCAGCGGGCCCUCAAGAUACUGUUCGACCAUGAUGACAACUUUAGCCUUUGUGAGACAAAGUCCAAGUUGAAUGUGGAACGUGUACGCACUAUUAUGAAGGAGCAUUUUAAGGUAGCUGAUAGGACCGGCAUGUUGGAGCACAUGUACGCAAAGUUCGACAAAUCCAAUAUAGCUGGAAUGUGCAAACACCUUGCAAAAGGUGCUGAGGACGGGGAUGAGCUGUGUCAGCAGGUGUUCCAUGAUGCAGGGCUGGUGCUUGGCAGCCAUGUUCUGGCAGUGGAGCCAGCCAUAUCUCAGAGUCUGCUGGAUGGUCCUGGAGGUCUCCACAUUGUUGCUGUUGGAUCGGUGUGGAAAAGUUGGAAGUUUCUAAAACCUGGUUUCCUGUCUGUGUUCAAGGGUGAGCGAGGGUCUCAUAGCCGAAUCAAGGAGUUGACCCUUGUUGGGCUGAAGCAGCCUGCCAGUUUAGGGGCUGCGAGUCUAGGGGCCAGGGCCGUGGGAGUCACACUGCCCCUUGACUACGCUGCCAAUGCUGAGGUGUUCUUUCAUGACAAAGUGUAGAACUGUGGACAUCAGGGUCCAUAUUAAUGUCUAAGAAUAAAGAAUAUUCUUUAAACUGGAAUAUUCAAGAAUUGCUUCACCUUUGAGUCAAACUUCAAAUAAACAGCCUCUAUUAACACUUCAUAUGGAAUAUUCUGUUUAGGUCAUUGUAAAGAGUGGUAGCUUGUGUAUAUUCAAACUGAACAUUUUAUUUUGGUUCUUACUCUAUUCUUUAUGCUGCAUCUAAGAAUGGGUUGGUGAAUACGGGCCCAAUUUCUAAAAAUAUCUGUUGUUUUUUUUAAGAAUAAUUGGCUGAAGUAUCUUAUUAUCCCCCGCCAUAGGCUGAGGGAUAUUGUUUUGGCGUUGUCUGUCCGUCCUUCCGUCCGUCCGUCCGGAGCCAUAUCUUGGAAGUGCAUUGGCGGAUUUCAUUGAAACUUGGUAUGAGUAUAUAUAUGGAAACUAGGAUGAUGCACGCCAAAUGGCGUUGUACACCAUCUGAUAAUAACAGAGUUAUGGCCCAUUGUAUCUUGAAAAAAUGCUUUUUUUAGUGUCAAAUAUAACACUUUUGUGUCCAGAAGCAUAUUUGCGGGGGAUAUAAAUUCAACGAAUUUGCUUGUUUCAUUAUGGUUUUUGCUAUUAGUAUUGCUAUUCUUAAGUUGAUGGGGGUUUAGACGCUUUUACAUGUAUUUAUGUUGUUUAUUUCACGGUUACUAGUAAUUGUCAUUUCAGAAGCUUGUACAACAAUAUGUUUACCAUGAAAAUUUUGCAAAUUUUAUUGCAAUAUGAUAAAAAGUUAAUUAAGCUAAGCGUUUUAAAACAGAAUUAAGGAUAUUGGUGAAAUUGGGGCAAGCACAUUAGACUGUGAUGUUGCCACAUGAUGUUGUAUGGUGUGAUGGCAACUACCUCACUGCAAUACAAUGGUGAUUGUUAGAGGCAAUAGAGGGUGCCUUGUUAUAAUAAUGAUUUUGAACAACGAAAGGUGUUAUUGCAUUGUUUUAUAUCAUGUAUUUUAAAAAUUGUGCCAUUUGAAUCACAGAUAUAUAUGACACCUCACUUGCAUGCACACACACAGCACAUAAAGCACGCGUGUGAAGUAGAUGGUAGACACCAACUAUAUAUAUAUAUAUAUAUAUAUAUAUAUAUAUAUAUAUAUAUAUAUAUAUAUAUAUAUAUAUAUAUAUAUAUAUAUAUCUUUCCAAAAUUGAAAAUAAGUUGUUUUAGCUAUUUUCUGUUUGAGUAGUUCUGUAUUACAUCUAUUAGAGCAGGUGUGCUUAUGGUGUGCUUAUGUAUAUUCAAGAAAUAAUAUUUAGUAAUGAUAAAUUUCGUUCAUUUGCUUGUACUGAGUAACUGGGUUGUGUUUUUGUGUUGAACAUCAUAAGAUAUACCAGCACUAAUUUAGAUAAAUCUACUGCUUAGCACAAAGUGUUUGUAGUUAAUUUUUGGGUUUCUUAUUGUUUUAUGUUAUUUAUAUGUUUCGUUUGUUUGAACAUUGCACAUUGUUGAAUAUAAAAUAUGUGAAUACUUUUACUUUGUUUAUGCAUAUUUUUGUAACCAGAGCUAUAUUUUGAAAAUAAAAUAUAUAAAAAUC